CUUUGGAGCCAUCACAAAAAACUUACGUUAUGCCGCCUGCUAACAAGAAAUACGUCAUUGUUGACGUCCUGAGCAAAAAACAACUAAUGGUAGGAAAGGAACUGUGCGCUUUUCCGAAAGAGCAUGUCGAUUUACAUCUUCAGAAGAGCGACCAACCGAAUGAAAAUUGGUCAUUUAUGAAAUGUAAAGUGAUUCACGAAUUAGAUUCUCUCCAGUCGGCAAAAGAUCUGUUAGUUGCCCUACAGAUACUGGAGUCUAAACGGAAAAACACCUCAAUGGAUGAAAACACUUUGCCACUGAACACUGAAAAGCCAAAAAGAGGUAUAAUGAAGCGUAAAGAAGAUUUUCUUUACAAUUCAGUAGACAUGGAUGUUGCUGAGAUGCAGUCUAGGAAUGUCCCCGUACAAUAUCCAAAAUUCCGUGUUUUCGAGAAAUUAACGUCGCCAAUCGCCAAUUCGACACAAUUGGAGACAUCACCUUCGACAUCGGAAUGUAAGCAUGUUGGCGGCGCUAUAGUGGACAAUGAAAGGUUGUAUACACUGGUGCUGAACAUGUCGUCAGCUAUCAGUGAACUGACAAAAACAAUUAACAACAUGUCGUCCGCCAUUACUGACUUGAAUGUUAAUGUUAACCAACUGCUAUCGAAUUUUCGUGAAAGCGAAAAACCACAUCAAUUCGAUUGCGGACUGUCCAGUCAGCAGUUUCCUUUGUCAUCUGAAGAGGAACUGCAGAUGCUUGAUACCGGCUUGUCGCAGAAAGAAACGAGGGACAGAUUUAUGGCAAUGGUCACUAGGCUAUCAAGUGACGACCCAAAAGCGUCCAUGCGGUUUGUUUUGUCUUAUCUGUUGACACCUGAGGUUGCCAGUAAAUUCACGUUACUUAGCACCUCUUCAAAACGAGCACUGCAGAAAUGCACGUUUUACGGCUGCAUACGAAGUAACAUUUAUCUAUUACUUAAACUUCAGGUGCUUUGACUCAUCGGUUUUUGUCAUCCUCUGUCAACGAAAAAGACCUUGGUAAGCUCUACGACAUCGCGACCCAAGGUUACUUUCACGACAUCCGAGACAAGAUGAUAAAACGUUCUAGGAGAAAAGAUAACCAGGUAUGUACAGAUUUAAAGUGAUAACCUCCCUACGGCUCUAUAGUUACAGUCGACAAUAUUAACGAACAUCACCGUAAGUUCAGCUUCAAUUAUUUGGGUGUGCUAAAGCACAUCAUUGAGAUAUGGUUGUGACUUUUUUUUUUAAAUUCAGAAUUCACAGGACGACUACCUCAAUUCCGAAUAGUCCGUGCAAUGGUUUUGGUGUUCUACCUAGAUGUCAAUAAACAUUUUUCUUUCUUACUUUUUUACUUACUUGGGAAACUGUUGAGAAUGUGUUUGAGUUUGAGUGAAUUUUCGAUUAAAUGGACAUUGCUUAUGAAUAAAACAAAAACUGUUACUUCUUUUUCAGAUAAUUGUCUAUAAAAAUGAAUUAGCAAUUGCAUUGGAUAUGCAUAACAAUAGAUGCCUAAGCUUGUGCUAUACUGUUGUACAAUUAUAGGUUUUUCUUUUUAAAUACAAUAUUUAAAAAAUUUACCGCUUUUAAACUGCAUUGCAGAAAUAUUUUUGUGUGUUGUUGGAAAUAAAGGCGAAUGCAGGAGACCUUUUGUCUUCUGUCGAUGGAUAGAAAAUGGGGUGUAAUGUGUGUAUUUAGGCGUAUAUGCGACUAAUCAGCGGAUAUUUAGGCGAAAAUUCGGCGGACAUUUAGGCGAAAAAGCGACAAUAC